AUGCUGCACUUGCAGGCUGAGUUGUUUAUGAUAGGGUCAUGUUGGAGAAUGGGAGAUGCCAACACUAGUUGCUUACACAAGGAAAGACAAGCUCUUCUCAGCAUGAAGAAUGCCUUUGUGGAUGAUUAUAGUUGCCUGUCUUCAUGGGGCUCUUCUCUAGAUUGUUGCCACUGGAGUGGUACUCUUUGUAAUCGUCAUACUGGCCACGUUGAGAUGCUCGAUCUUCAUGGUGAUGAUCACCCCAGGCGGCCUUUAAGAGGUGAGAUUAGCACAUCAUUGAUGGACUUGCAAAACUUAAACUAUUUGAAUCUCAGUUUCAAUGAUUUCAAUGAGAGUCAAAUCCCAAAAUUUUUUGGUUCUCUCACCAAAUUACAAUAUCUAGAUCUAUAUUGGUCUUCUUUUGGUGGAAAGAUACCAAUUGAACUUGGCAAGCUUUCAGACUUGCGGGUUCUAAAUCUUUCCUCCAAUCUUUUAGUUGGUAGUAUACCUUUUCAUCUUGCAAACCUUUCAAGUCUGCAGAAGCUCCAUCUAGAUUCGAAUGAUUUAGUGGGCAAUAUUCCUAACCAACUUGGUAAUCUUUCAAGCUUGGAGAUACUCCAAAUUGGCUACAAUGAUGGUUUGAAAAUUGAUGACAAGAGCUUGGUUGCCAUUGAGUGGCUUUCCAAUCUUCGGUUGUUAACUUCACUUGAUUUAAGCUAUGUUUCCAAUCUUAAUUAUUCUCACAACUUGUUGCCAAUUAUUGGAAAGCUUCCAAACCUAAGAGAGUUACAGCUUGCAAGCUAUAACAUGAUAGACAAUAAUAUUCUAUCAACUCCUCCAUUCCAUUUGAAUUUUUCUGCAUCUCUCUUAACUCUUGCUCUCGAUGACAACAAGCUGACAUCAUCAUUAUUCCCUUUGCUGUUCAAUCUGAGCUCCAAUCUCACACACCUUUUUCUGUCCAACAAUCACUUAGGUGGUCCCAUUCCGGAUGAUUUUGGAAGAAACAUGAACUCUUUAGUGACUCUUGACCUUUCCUAUAAUGAGCGAAAUGGAACAAUCAGUGACAUCCAUUUUGAUAAUCUCACCAAUUUACAAUGCUUAGACUUAUCUGAUAAUUUGUUGACCCUCAAAUUCAGUGCUAAUUGGAUUCCUCCCUUUUAA